GUGCGUGCACUGACGCACCAAAUUGGGAAAGUAAACAUAUAUAGGUGAGGUGCGGCGCAUACAUACACGUACACAAAUCCAUACGUAGAUGAAAAUAAACAGAUUGGUGCUUAUUUCCGGAGCUGAUCUGUUAACGUGACGCGUGCUCUCUACUCGUUCCUUGUAAGAAUCUACCAGUUUGUUUCGCACCCAAUACGCUUGGAAGCCCUCUCCUUUUCGUUGUUGUUGCUUCUCUUCCACUUUUUCCCUUCUCCCACAUAUAUAAUGCCUCCGCUGAUGUCCCCAUUUGAAGGGACAGGGAGUCAACGUCAGCCUAACCCCACCCAACCGCAUGAUGAGCAGCGCAGCCUCGCUUCACGCAGCUCGCAGCUUCUCUUCGAGGCCCCAGUGAUGCUCUCGCUGAGUCCGGACCAGAGUCAGCGCAUUCUGAUGUUAGAGUUCUUCAAGCGGUGGUACUUCUUGUGUCACUUCGUGUACAUUUGCGUGUGCGUGUCCAUCGGUGCGGUGGGCCUGCUGCUCCUGGAGGCGGAUAUUUCUGUGGUGGACGCCGUCUUCAUUGCGACGUCGUCCGUGUGUAAUUGCGGAUUACAGACGGUGGACGUAGGCGCGUGGCGCACCUCGACAACACUCUUCCGUCACUUGCUGCUGCUUACCGGCGGUGUCGUCGUGACGAGCAGCUUCCAGCCACUGCUGCGGCUCUUCAUGCUCCAUCGCAUGCGGGAUGUUUUUCUUCCCGAGGUGGAGGACACGCCGCUCGAGGCGCAGCUGCGCGCAAAGAAACGCGAAGAGGCCCACCGGCUCUACUACACCGCACUCAUCAGCGCCGUAACACCAUUCGCUUAUCUUGUGGUUGUGAACGGCGUAAUAAUGGCUCUUCUCUUUUGCUUCAACACCUCCCACCUUUCUGGGCUGCAAGUCUUCUGCAUGACUCUUGCGUCCUUCCAUAGCUCUAUCUUCCUCCCCAUGGAGGCGUACGCGAAUGACGUCGCCGUCGCGGGACUCGUGGCCGUGGCAUGCGCGCUCGGCUUCACCGCCUUCCCGGUCGUGCUGCGCGGCUUUAUGUGGACGGAGUGGACAGCGGUGCGUUUCGUACGCCGUGUGGCUAAACCGAUCGCGCGUUGCGUGGAGCUGUGCCGUAAACGGCCCGGUCGCACCACCGAAGUCGAUGACAACGGCGCGGAGGGCACCAGCGAAGUGGAGGACGAUGCGAUGAAUGUCGGCCUGUUGCGGACAGGGCAGCAGCACCACCACAACAGCAACGAUACGCCCCACGCCCCGUUCCUGGUGCAGCUGCGCGACGUCGAUGUCGCCUUUCAGGAGGUGCUGCGCUCGACCGAACCAGGGGCGUUUCACCCCUUUCUGUUCCAGCCCGGCGAAACGGGCUACCUCGGUGCGGCGUGGUGGGCGCUCACCCUCGCGCAAGCGUUUCCCUACUGGUACGAGCAGUGGGACGGAGUGCUCCACCCCUAUCCGUGGCCGUACAAGAUUUACAUCUCGCUCUGCCAGGCCGCCGUCGUGCGCUUCGCCGCGGCGUCGUUUCUGCCGCUGCUGGAUUGCAGUAACGCGCACGUCGCGGUGACCAUAUUGGCCAUGUUCCUGCCAGCGCUGCCCAUCUCGACGGACCGCACGUAUCGGAAGUGGAAGGAGAUGUUUCGCACAUCGAUUGUGCGGCUGCUCACGUCCCGGCUGUUUUGGAUCUUUAUGGCGAUGGUGCUGGUGCUCUUUGUGGAAGAGCAGGAUAUGCGCGCCAGCAUCAUGAACACCCGCUUCGACAUGUUGACGCGGACCUUAUUUGAGGUGGUCAGCGCGUACGCCGGCUGCGGACUUUCACUUACUUUGGCUGGCGCCACCGUCUCGUUUGUCGGCCUCACGAGCACCUUUAGUAAACUGAUCAUUGCCGCUGUCAUUUUGGGCGGACGACACCGCUUUGUCGACCUCGGCAUCGACUUGGGAUUUAGCACGCUGGGGUCGCAGGUGAGGGCAGUGGCGGAGCCUCGACUUCCACCAGCCUCACCUUUUGAAGCGCAUUAA